AUGGCUAGAGUAUGGAGUUCCGCUAAAAAUAUGGUCCAUGGGUAUUCUGCAGCCCAAGUUUGUGUUAGAGAAGCCACCUCGAAUGCUCCUGAGGGACCUUCUGUCGACCAAUUAGAUGAAAUAGCAAGUAGAUCGUAUGAUGCGGAUCAAUUUUUCGAAAUUAUGGAUAUGCUAGAUAAGAGAUUGAACAGUAAGGGUAAAUAUUGGAAACACGUUGCAAAAGCGCUAACCGUUUUAGAUUACUUAGCUAGAAAUGGAUCUGAGAAUUGUGUUACUUGGUGUCAAGUUAAUUUAUACAUCAUUAAAACAUUAAAAGAAUUUUAUUAUGCUGAUGACUCAGGGAAAGAUUUUGGUCAAAUUAUCAGGGUUAAAGCCAAGGAAUUGAGCUCUUUAUUACAAGAUGAAGAUAGAUUAAAAGAAGAAAGAAGCUUAUCAAAAAAUGCAGGACGCGGAGCUGCCCGUAGGAGGGCUGGCAGUGGUAGUGGUUCUUCUCGUUAUGAUGACGAUUUGCAAAGGGCCUUGGAAGAAAGUAAAUUAACUGCGCAAGAAGAUGAGAAUAGGAGGAGAGGUUUGGCACCUAAUGGAAGUGAAGAUGAUGAUUUGCAGACCGCUUUGAAAUUGUCUAAAGAAGAAGAAGAAUUAAAACAACUACAGGACAAAUUAAAGCAACAACAAAUGGUUCAAACAGGUGCAACCGGUCAAAUCCAAUACUACGAUGUUUUUGGCAACCCAAUAAGUCCUGAGGAAUAUGCCCAAUUUCAGUUGCAGCAACAACAGCAAGAAGCUUUGGCCCAGCAAGAAGCCUUGGCUCAGCAACAAGCUUUGGCUCAGCAACAAGCUUUAGCUCAACAACAAGCUUUGGCUCAACAACAGGCGUUUUUGGCUCAACAACAAGCCAUAUCUGAACAACAAGCUUUAUAUCAACAACAAUUGAUGCAAGCAGACUUGAUAUCGGGUAGUAAUAAUCCAUUUUCUAUGAAUAAUGAGGCUGAGAAAAAGAAACAGGAGGCAUUAGAUAAACAAAGAGAGUUGGAAGAGCAAAAGAGAAAUUUAGAAGAACAGCAAAGACAAUGGGAAGAACAGCAAAGAGUACAAAAAUUACAAGAGGAAGAAGCACGCAGAAGGCAAUUGGAGGACCAAAAGAGAUUAUUGGAAGAAAAGAAGAGACAAUUAGAAGAACAACAAAGGUUACAACAACAGCAACAACAGCCAUUACAAAUGAAUAGAACCGGUGAUGCCGCUAUGAGUGCCAAAUAUGGUGAAUUAAACACUUUAUUGGCUACUGGUACUGGUAUUGAUACCUUUGGUAACAGUGGUGAAGCACGUAUUCCAGCUCAACAUACCAAGACAGGCACAUUUAUUAACUCACAAGGUACUGGAUUUUAUCAAGUUAAUGAUAAAGAUUUAUCUAAGAAUAAUCCCUUUUUGACGUCGCAGUACACCGGUUUGCCAAGUAGUUCAAUUGUUCCCGUACAAACCGGGUUUGGUUUUGGUAAUCAACUUCAGCCACAACAACAAAACUACAAUGCUGCUAACAAUAUUAACAAUACCAGUAGUGAGAAUAGUGCCAAUAACAAUGGUAAUGCUGGUUACAGUUUAAUUGACUUGUAA